UUUUGACCGCAUGCUUAUCUUAUUAUAUUAGCAAUACAGUAUCUUCUUAUUUAAUAUAAAAUAACUCUACAAACCAAAAAGACAGCUGCCUGUCUUUAAAUUCAAAAUUAGGUUAUGUUUCCGGGGGAACAUAUAGAGCAGACACUCGUAAACAGCACGCUGGACAACCUGCACCCGGGGUUUUCUUUGCUGCAGCGUAUCCGUUGAAAUGUACCUUAUGUAGUUAGCAACGUGGUUGCCAGGGUUCGCCCACCCCCGAUUUUAUUUAUUUAUUUAUUUGACGGAACUACUGGUCGGAUUGCUGUGAUGAUGCAGCAUCCCGAGAAAGUUUCGGUGCCCGUGUAUACAGCGGUAGAUAGGGAGAUCUUCCUGAGAGAGAUUUACCCAAUGCGCACUCCGGCUGUGCUAAGGGGUGUCUCCCUUGGGUCUUGCCUUGACAAGUGGACAGUGGAUUACCUUCGAGAAAAGGGUGGUGACAGAGAGGUUAAAGUUCAUGUAUCUUCUGUACCACAGAUGGACUUCCUUCGCAAGAAUUUCCUGUACAGGACACUGCCAUUUGAUGUGUUUGUCCAGAGAGCUGCAGAGGCCAAACACUCUGAUUUCUUCAUCUCUGAGGAGGAGAGUUACUACUUGCGCUCACUAGGAGAUGACCCACGCAGGGAGCCUGCUGACCUGAGGAAGCAAUUUCCAGGCUUGGCGGAGGACUUCUCUACCCCAGAGUUCUUUGAGCCUGAGCAGUUUUUCUCCUGCGUGUUUCGCAUUAGCUCCUGUGGCCUACAGCUGUGGACACACUAUGACGUGAUGGAUAACCUGCUGGCUCAAGUGAGCGGGCGGAAGCGUGUAGUUCUGUACAGCCCUCAAGAUGCAGAAAACCUUUAUCUAUCAGGUGACAAGUCGGAGGUUCUGGAUAUUGAUUCCCCUGAUCUUAAGCAAUACCCGAGAUUUGUGAAGGCCAGGCGGUACGAGUGCGUGCUUGAGCCCGGAGACCUCCUCUUUAUUCCUGCUCUGUGGUUUCACAACACCCUUGCUCUGCAGUUUGGGGUCGGUGUCAAUGUAUUCUGGCGCCACUUGAAGGCUGAGAGCUACGACAAGAAAGACCCUUAUGGGAACAAAGACCCUGUGGCUGCCGCCAGAGCGAUGCAGGUUCUGGAGCGUGCGCUGCAGGCCCUGGAGGAACUUCCGCCUGACUACCGCGACUUCUAUGCUCGUCGCAUGGUCCUGCGUAUCCAGAGCUGUGCUUACUCCCGCAAGUCAGAGGUAGCAGUGCAGGGGUUCAGCCCCACUGAAACACUGACUGCCAGCGAUUCAGAGACUUCAGUUCCCAGCAGCCAGAUCACUCACCAGGACUGAACAUUUCGCCUUAUUCACAUCAUGUAUCAAGAAAACCAUUACAAUUCAAAGAUGUCAGGUUUCUCACCUUAUUUAUUUUGAUGUCCCCAUGUAAAGAAAUACAUGGGGCCGUUGGAAAAGAAAAAAACAAUCAAUGACCAAACAAGACCGAGACAAUUUAAUAUACAAAAUGCAAAGUCUUUGGCUCGCACAAUCCAAAGAAGCACUCUUCCCAAGCAGUGUAACAUGAUGCCUAAAUUCUUUUAACUUGGUUCAGUCUCUGCCUCCCCACCCCAAAUUAAACAUAGUACUGUGCAGUGCUCUUAGGAAAUAUUUAUAUUUAAGGGCUGAGGCCAUACACCAUAAAUACUGCUGAGCAAUAUUUGACCCCCUGUCUUUUAAAUCUAACUGCUCAUUGGCUGGUUUGUUUAUUUCUGAGCCACCGUCUUAACAGCUGUAAAAUAAUGUUAGCCUUGCAAUUUUACACCAUCAACUAGUGCUGCUAUGACCAAUUGAAGAGCUGUUUGUUCUCAAGCGGUCCAAACCAAAAGAAUAAAUUUAGAUACACUUUGAAGAUUUUUUUUUUUCCAAAUGAAAAUGAACUAUACGUUGCAUAUUUCUAAAAUGGUUUUGGUGUCAAUUUUUUUUCAAUGGGUCUUUCAUGACUGACUAUGAUAUGAUGAGGAGACAUGGCCUUCUACUGUUUAAGCUCUCACUUUUUCAGUCACGGCAGGCGGACAGUUGAGGCCAGGUAUUUGAGGUGAGACGGUCAGCUGUAAUUGCAAAAUAAUUUUUGAUGGUGCUACUGCAAGUCUGCCACUUUAGACAGCUAUUUUUAAACAACUAUAGACUCAUACCUAACACAUUCUUCUUCAGUAAAAAGUCAGGCUUUCAAAUAAAUCAAAGCAUGGAAAAGGCUCUAGUGAAAAUAGUAAAUACCCUCAGGUUAAGUUUUGAUAAUAAUAAUGUAUCACUUCUUAUCCUGAAUCUAAGUUUUGCAUUUGAUAUAGUAAGGCAUGAUAUAUUAACUGACAAACUGGGUGACCUUUCUGGCAGGUCUUUUUGGUUCUGUACAGAAAUAUAACAGGGUGACCAUUCUUUAUCUACAGUACUUUGGUGACCUUGUGUCAAAGACGGAUAUUACCAAUGGAAUUGCAAAGGGAAGUAUUCUUCGGCCACUUUCUCCCAAUGGACAAUAUCAUAAUGUUAGUUUCCAUUGUUAUGCCGAUGACACACAACUGUAUCUGGGGAACAAAGCAACCCGAGUGUGCUCAAUGUAUUGACAACUGACUUGUCAGCCAUUAAUGAGUAGAACAUGCCUGAAAUUGAACGAGGUUAAGACGCUCGGAUGGACAAUCCAAUCUGUUUUAUCUAUCGCGGCUUUCCAUCUCGAGAUAAAAAUUUGAAAUCUGGGAGUUGGACCAUGGUCAGUGACGAAGAAAAAUUGCAAGUGAGACCCUUUUAAAUACAGUAAUAUGAGGUGCUUUAUAAAUAAAGUUUAUUAUUAUUAUUAAAUCA